CAACAAGAAUAUUGAAGCAAAAAAGUUCAUUAUUGGAAAGAUGGAUCCAAACCAAGACAAACAUAUGCCAGAGCUAUUCAAAUAUCCUCUCAAUGAACUUCCUCUCUCUAGGGAUAUUUUAAGUGAAGAUGAGAUAGAGAAGAUUAAAGAGCUUCUGCUUAUAGACAAACUAUCGCCAAGUUCAUUGUACUAUCUCUUCGACAGCUAUUGGAAUCCUAUCAAGAACAUAUUCUCCUUUGAGACUGCUGAUGAUAUUCUUCAUCUUGAAGAUCUAGGUGUUGAAAGAUUGCUUCUGAUUAAUGAGCCUGAAAACCAAAAUCAAAUAUUCACCUCUUGCUCACUUUCACAAAUUUCAAGGGACAAUAUUUUUGCAGAUAAAGAACUAGGAGGACUUGAAUUUCGUUCAAAGCCAGCUUCUAAGAAGAUUAAAGGGAAAUUAAAGUUGAUUGACCACUUAAAGAUCUCCCCAAAUCGAAAUAUUUGCAACAAGUUCUUGCAUCCCAAUGUUAUAGCUGAGCAAGCAGAUUUAGCUACUCCGUACCUCAAGAAGGUAUUCUUUGGUAUUUAUAAACCUAUAGGUGCUCCUUAAAAGGUAUUAAG